CGGCUUCACAUGGGCUAACGUAGGUAAGGUGUGUAAGGUAUGUUCCCCCUGAAUGAAGGUAUCAUCACAUCACUUUCGGUCGAAUUCUCAAGAAAUGUUCGCGGGCGCGGUUCUACGUUCUGUCUCUCGGUCUGCCACGGCCGGAGGGACGCCACGGGCAGCCACACGGCCUAUUCUCAGGGGUUUGUCCACGGCCGCUCAGCCGGGCCAGCCCGAUGGCUCCCGGUAUGACGUCGACGUCCAAGUGCUCCCGGAUGGGCUUCAAAUCAAGGGCAUUCGAGGGAACUCCGUUAAGAGAGAGAAACUGCCACACUUUUGGUUGAGGGACAACUGUCGCUGCCAAAAAUGUGUGCAUCAGCAAACCUUGCAAAGGAACUUCAAUACUUUCGCGAUUAGUGAGGACAUCAAACCCGAUCAGGUCAAGACCGAACCCGAUGGAGUCCGCGUCAAGUGGGAUGGCGACGGCCAUGAGAGCUUUUACCCCUGGAAGUUCAUCAAGCACUAUCUGAGGCAUGAUCACCGGAGUCCUGAGGAUGUCGAAUUUCAUUAUUGGGGCUCCGACAUUGCCGUCAACCGUCCUGCCGUCAGUUAUAACGACCUGAUGGCCCCCGAGAACGAGUCCGGCAUUGCCAGGCUGACCAACCUGAUCCGCGAGUACGGUUUCGUUUUCGUCGAUGGAACGCCUUUCGGCACCCCCGAUGCCACAAAGCGUGUGCUCGAGAAGAUCGCCUUUAUCCGCGAAACCCACUACGGCGGCUUUUAUGACUUCAUCCCCGACCUCGCCAUGGCCGACACGGCGUACACCAACAUCGCGUUGCCCGCCCACACCGACACUACGUACUUCAGCGACCCGGCCGGCUUGCAGGCCUUCCACAUGCUCUCCCACGAGGCCCCGCCGGGCCAGUCUGCGUCUGCGUCUGCGUCGCCCGACGAGGAGCUGGGCGGCAAGUCGCUCCUGGUCGACGGGUUCCACGCCGCCAACAUCCUCCUCGAGGAGGACCCGGCCGCCUAUGCCAUCCUAUCCAGGGUCCGGCUCCCGUGGCACGCCAGCGGGAACGAGGGCAUCACGAUUUCGCCCGACAAGCGCUACCCGGUUCUGGAGCUGGAUGGGGCCACCGGGAAACUCGCCAGGGUGCGGUGGAAUAACGAUGACCGCGGCGUCGUCCCGUUCACAGACGACGUGUCUCCGACGCAGUGGUAUGCGGCGGCUCGGAAGUGGGACGGCAUCCUCCGGCGGCCGGACGUUGAGUAUUGGGUCCAGUUGAAGCCGGGCCAGGUUCUGAUCUUCGAUAACUGGAGAGUCAUGCACGGGCGGAGUGCAUUUGAAGGGAGGAGACGGAUGUGCGGUGCAUAUAUCAACCGGGAUGAUUUUAUCUCGCGAUGGCGGAACACCAACUUCCCCAGGGAGGCUAUUCUGAGCCAAGUUGUUGGCUAGGGCAGAAGCUGACAAGCUGACUCCGACUAUUUAUUCGCCUUUCGGAUCCCCCCCC